UUCGUCUAGUUCGGAAAGGACAGUGGAGGAGAGAAGGGGGUGAGAGAUGGUGGAAGAGGAGGAAAAAGAGAUUCCUUUGAACAUCAUGGAGGUUGAGGGUAAUGGAGAUAGGUGUUAUGACCCAAACUUAGGCAUAGUGUCUGAGGUAAGGGAGUAUGAGAGCGAAUUGGGUAGCAGGAAUAGCCUUAGGGGUCUUGUAGCUGAGAUGAAGGGCUUUUUAAAUGCUGCUGGGGGGCUGGCUAUCCUGAAGAAGCCACGGUUGAAGUCAAAGACUUCAACUGUGCAAAGACCAGAGCGCAUGAGGAGAAGUAGUGAAGAAGUGAGUAAAGAGGUGGCGCCACUUCAGAGGAAGAAAAUGAAGGUGGUGGAGCCAGAAGCUAGGGGGGAUGAGGUGGUUGAAUUCAUACCUCGACCUUCUCCUGUUGAGGUUGAUCCUGAAGUCAGGGAGAGGGAGGAGGACGAGGUGCGAGGCCCUAGUAAAGGCAAGGAACUCAUCCCUCCUCCUUUGUUCCAAAAGAGUUUAUUCGAGGCAAUGAACAUCACUGGGGCGAAGCGGUUUCUCAACGCAACUCUUCUUGAGGUGGAUAGGAGUGCAAGCUGGGUAAACGCUCUGGCGCAAGAGCAUAAGGAGAGCGUGAGAGAUCGCGCCAACUUGCAGAGGCAGUGUGAGGAGCUGCAAAAGGAGAAGGAGGAGCUGCAGAGGAAGAAUCAAUAGAUGCAGAGGAAGCUGGAUGAGAUUGUGCAAGCAGUAACCGAGCUCCAGAACGACAGAGAUACCUUGAGCACAAGACUUGUCUUCAAAGAGCGUAAGAGGAAGAUUUGUGAAGACAAGAUUGAGGCUCAAGACAAGUAUAUCGAGAACAUGAACAAAGGAAUGGCAGAGUU